UCUCUGGCAUUGCGUUUGUUUUGAUCGGAAACCUUUGAGCUUCCGAGGUUUUGAUGCUUGAGCUGCUGGGCUCCCCGACUGCUCAAGCAUGCUGGAGUCGGUUUGUGCUCCCUCCUUCGAUGACCCUUCGGGAUCCAGUGACCCUCGGCUCUUUCCUGUUGAUCUUGGUGGCGCGCGCGAGGGCUACCAGAUUUGACGCCCACCGUGGCUCUCCUGCUGGUUUCGAGGGACUUCUGCUGCUAGAUCAGAUCCGGCGCCCUUCUUUCUCCUCCGGCGGAUAUGAGGGGACGCGCGCGAAGGCUACCAGAUUUGACACCCACCGCGGCUCUCCUACUGGUUCCGAGGGACUUCUGCUGCCAGAUCGGCUCCAACAUAAUCGGGAACGCAAGUACGCAACCUUCAACGCCGUUCCAAAAUUCCUUGCAGACGGCGGCGGCGGCGGCGGCGGCGGCGGCGGCGAUGGGUUGGCUGUCAACCUUAAUCGUCUGUUCAUGAAAGUCAGAGCUGCUCUUCCGCUCUCUGUACUCAACCCUCUAAAUCCCUCUAUCAAAUCUCUCCUUUUUCAUUCAAACCCUCUCAUGGCUCUAGCCCAAACCGGAACCGUACACUUCGAUCCACCUGCGAACGACGACGAACUCAUCUGCGGUGACCUGCAACAACAGCAAGGGGAGAACUUGUCUUCUUCUACAACUGAAUUUAGGGCGCUGUUAGAGGUGGCAUCUCCGCCUCGAUGCUUGAGCGGAGAGUCACGGGUGGAGAGAGCAUGGGCGCAUUGGAACAAGCUCGGCAGGCCAAAGUUGAUUGUUGCCCCUAUGGUCGACAACUCUGAGCUGCCAUUUCGUAUGCUUUGUAGGAAGUAUGGAGCCGAGGCUGCAUACACUCCGAUGUUGCAUUCGCGUAUCUUUACAGAGAAUGAGAAGUAUCGUAAUCAAGAGUUCACCACUUGCAAGGAGGACCGCCCAUUAUUUGUCCAAUUUUGUGCUAAUGAUCCUGAUAUAUUACUGGAAGCGGCAAAAAGAGUGGAACCCUAUUGUGAUUAUGUUGACAUUAAUCUGGGGUGUCCUCAACGGAUUGCCAGGCGAGGAAAUUAUGGAGCUUUUCUGAUGGAUAACCUUCCUCUUGUGAAAUCGCUGGUUGAAAAACUGGCUCUGAACCUUAAUGUUCCCGUCUCAUGCAAAAUCAGGGUAUUCCCUAAUUUACAGGAUACACUCAAUUAUGCAAAGAUGCUAGAGGAAGCUGGUUGCUCUCUUUUGGCUGUUCAUGGGCGAACUAGAGAUGAGAAGGAUGGGAAGAAAUUCAGAGCUGACUGGAAUGCCAUUAAGGCUGUUAAAGAUGCUGUUAAAAUCCCAGUUCUUGCCAAUGGGAACAUUCGGCACAUGGAUGAUGUUUGGAACUGUGUUGCAGAGACUGGCGCAGAAGGUGUGCUUUCAGCUGAAUCUCUUCUUGAGAAUCCUGCUCUUUUUGCAGGAUUUCGGACAGCUGAAUGGGUAGCAGGUAAUGAAGAAAAUAUUAGAGAUGGGAAUUUAGACCAGGCAGAUCUGGUUGUGGAGUAUUUGAAGCUUUGUGAAAAAUACCCUGUCCCCUGGCGAAUGGUUCGUUCUCACGUGCACAAAUUACUUGGAGAUUGGUUCAAGAUUCAACUGCAUGUAAGAGAUGAUCUCAAUGCUCAGUCAAGACUGACAUUUGAAUUUCUUAAUAGUCUGGUAGAUCGGCUAAGGGAGCUAGGUGUCAGAAUUCCACUAUAUCAAAAGGAUACACAUUUGGAAAAAACUUCAGCAGAUGGUUUGAAUACCUGAUUCACUAGUCAGUGUUGAAGGUGUCUAGAACUCUGGGGGAAAAACAUCAGAAUGUUCUCACAGGUUAUUGCUAACUCUACAAAUUCAUUUUACUACUAGUCCAUUCUUCUGAUUUAAACAUGCCGAACUGAUUUUCAAUCAUAUGGCCAUUCAGUAUUGGAAUUAGGCAUUCAAGCAAAGAAAGAUUGCCGCUCAUUACUGGAUUUUGAUAGGUAUUUAUUCUUGUUGUACUUAUAUACACCCCUCAGAUGGGAUGGAUAAGUUGAAUUUUGCUAGAGAGGAGAAAGACGCUAGAUUUGAGUGGAUUUUUGUUACCACACUUGAAAAUUUUUAUGAUAUUUGUUUGUCAUGCUGUGCCUUCUCUUUUUAUCUGCUAUGCUACAUGGCAUGACUUUG